AUGGCCCACCCCGUGGCACCGCCAAGAGCCGAGCGCGGCCCCCGCGGGGAUGCCAGGCCCCCGGGUCCUCCCCAGGCGUGUCCUCUGGGGUCUGUCUCCCAGUCCCGGCCGCGCGCACGGGUUCGUUUUCCCGGACGUCCUGAUUUCCAGAAACCAGGAGGCGGCAGGACUGGGCGGGAGGGAGAAGUGGGGACGGGGGAGGGGGGAGCGAAGCGGGGGGAGCGCGUGGGAGCGCGGGGAGGGGAAAGGGGCGGCGCUGGGCCCGGGACUGGGACUGUCGCCCUCGCGCCCGAGCCGGGUGGGGCCCAGGGCCUCGGGAUGCAGCCGCCGGUGCCCGGGCCCCUGGCCCUGCUGGACGCCGCAGAAGGGCUCGCAAGGAGGAAGAAGACGUCGCUCUGGUUUGUGGGGUCUCUGCUGCUGGUGUCCGUCCUCAUAGUGACCAUCGGGCUGGCUGCCACAACCAGGACGGAGAACGUGACCGUGGGGGGCUACUACCCGGGGAUCAUUCUUGGCUUCGGAUCCUUCUUGGGAAUUAUUGGCAUCAACUUGGUGGAGAAUAGAAGGCAAAUGUGUCUGUGCUUGCGUGUGGGGGAGUAG